GGCUUCGGGGAACAACAAGGAUCCUCCUAGGCAGCAAUUUCGGUCGCCGUCUGUGUGUGGGGGUGCCUCCGCUCGCCCCCAGUGGAUGCAGUCUUCGUCUCCCCUGUCCGCCGGUUCGAGUGCAGGUCGUCGUCUUGGCGAGUGUAGGGAGACGGCGCCUGCCGUUGCUGAUGUUGGUGACGCACGUGACGGAAGGGAGGUGUGGGCAGAACAGCGACAGUUGAUGAGGUCGGUGCGGGAGGAGUCCACAACUCGUGGGGUACAGCGAUUGCGUGUUGGGGAAGACGGGCACAAUGGCGAGGAAGCAGUGGGGGACGCGCACGACCCCGACUGGAACGACAACGGCGCUGAAGGUGGGGAGGACGACGCAGGCUACAUUUCGCCAUCGAAGCAAGCGGCCGCUAUGGGGGGAAGGGGGGGGAAGACGAAGUCGUAUGCUGGUAAUGGUCGUCGAGGCAAAAGGACGGCAGGCAGGGGCAGCGAUGCCGCAGGUGACGUCGAUGGUGAAGGAGGUCGUCACUUCUGGUCCGUCGACGACAUUAUAACCCUCAUCCGGGCUAAACGUGAUCAGGAUGCGCAUUUGCAGGGGAUGGGCCACGCGUACGCUCGGAUGAAGCCGCGAGAAUGGAAGUGGCUGGAUGUGGCGACGAGGUUGAAGAAGGUGGGCGUCGACAGAGAGGCUGAUCGGUGCUGGAAGAAGUGGGACAAUCUGAUGCAGCAGUUCAAGAAGGUUCAUCAUUUCCAAGGACUGUCCGGGAAACAGGACUUCUUCCAAUUGUCUGGGAAGGACAGGAUGUCGAAGGGCUUCAACUUCAAUAUGGAUCGUGCGGUUUACGACGAGAUACUGGGGUCGACCGCCAAGAACCACACCAUAAACCCGAAGAACGUCGCGGACACUGGCGCUCAGGGUGGUGUGCGUCUGCCAUCCGCCUCCUCUGCGGAUCCUAAAUCUGUGGGCGACGGGGACGGUGGUGCAGAGCACGACGACGGCGACGACGGGUCCACGAAACGUUCUUUGCAGACGACGGGUGGCGCAGGCGGUUUCGGCAAGAGGAAGAGCACGAGCAAGCAAACUUUUGAGGCAAUGACGGAGUGCAUGGAGAAGCACGGGGCAUUAAUGGCGUCAACGAUGGAGAGCAACAGCAAACGUCAUUGCUCCAUCGCCAUACGACAGUGCAAGGCGCUGAAAGCGGAGAUCGAAGUGCAGAAAAAACAGUACGCAGCGUCAGACGAAGCCACGCAGCAGAGGGGGGAGGGAUCAAACGUGGGGGAAGGGGCGACGGCAGGGGUGAAGGCAGGCGAUGUCGCGGGGGAGGGGGACGACGGCGCCGCAUUGGUGAACAGGCUGCGCCAGCGGAAUACGCGGGAAGGAAUGGAGGCGGCGGCGAAGCUGUGGGUGGAUGACCUCCGCUUCUGGAACGAGAGGGAGGGAUUUGCAAUCGUCAAGUUGAUCGCGGAGGUGCGCGGUUAUCUUGUGGCUGUGGCGCGGGGAGAGCAGCCUCCACCCAUUCGUCGCAGCAUCGUCUUGCCUCACAACAGCAUCCCGCAGCACAAGAUCACGGACGAUUCGGAGUUAAACGCUGCGAAGGAGAGGGCGCUGAAGGUUCAGGGGAUCGCUUUGCGGGUGAUACACGGGUGGGUCUUCAAGUCUCAGAACAGGCAAAGGGGGUACCACGCGGCGUACCAGUACGCACUCAACCUCGCGGCCACCGACAUCGCUUGCGCGAUGUGGAUGGGGGAGGACUGGCGUCAUUGCGUGAGUUCGAUGGUCGCCCACCACACGCUCGACUUGGAUAUGAAGCUGCCUUUGUGGUUCGUGGGCGCCGACGUCGAAGACAGGCACGAGGACGACGGUUUGGCGGCUUAUCAGGAGGCGAGCAUCCAGCGACUGGUGGGGGCUUUCACGAGCGCUGUGAUCAUUGCGGAGGCGACGGACGGCGGCUGUGUGUCGCACGAAAGGUUGAAGACCAUGGCCGACGCGAUGCGGAUGAUGCUCACAGCGACCAUGUGGCUCAUGCAGAUGGCGGGUGACGAUCAUCGCGUGCAUUACCACGCCUGGGUUUUCGUCCGACGUCCAACUCACGGCGAAGCCGACGCUCGUCGCAUCCAUGCAUCGCUGCUUCGACGCGCGUCGGCACAUCGUGCAAGCUGCGACCGUAAUCACCGACAAGUUGGCAAGUCCCCCCAUCACUUUGAUCGACCCGCCAAUGUAUGCCCCCGAAUGGGCAUCCAUCGGUGUGAAGUUAUCACACGACGCCACGCUGUCUUCCCCGAUGGAGGCGAAGAAGGUGGAUUGGUUGGGCACAGGCCCCCCGGAAGACGAAGACGACGGGAAAGGCGACGAAUAGGGAAGCGGGGGGGGGUCGAUGACGCCUUUUAGUCGUCUAUGUAGUUUUUCCUCGCGUGAUGCUGCUCUGCCGUGGCUUGUUUUUCGACGG